UUUCUUGUUUGGCCUCCAUCGAGCAACUCAUUCCCGGUUCCCUGCCAUGUCUGCCAUGUCCAAGCCCCUCGUCCUCGGCGCCAUCGCGGCCUCGGUCGUCGCCCUCUUCUUCCUCUUCAAGGCGCAGUCCAACAACUCGGAAUCCUCGAACGCCAGCAAGGAAGAGGCGGGCGAGCGCUCGAUUGCGGCGCCGGUCGCGCCCUCGGCGUCGCUCCCGUCGCUCCCCAAGGACCAGCUCCUGUCGAUCUUGACCAUCAUCUCGACGCAGAUGGGCCAGAUUGUGCUCUCGCUCGCCAACAUUGAGCAGAAGAUCCGCCAGGAGUCGGCCCAGAGCGGCCGCUCGCUCCCGGAGGACCAGCUUGCCGCGUACCUCAUGGGCCAGUUUGAGGAGGCCAUGAAGGCGAUCGAAGCCCAGGCGUACAGCAAGCACAACACGUCGGAAGACGAGGUGCGCAUUGCCACCGAGUACUACGAGUCGGUCGAGGACCCGGAAGUCCACGCCGCCGUCGGCAAGCUCCAGGAACUCUACCGCCUGAUCACGGGCGCCGGUGCCGCCGACGUUGAAGUCCCUGAGGACCUCACGCUCGAGAAGUUCUUGAUCAUCAUGGAAGAAACCAUGGAAUCCCUCAACGUCGCGAUGGAGGAAGUGUGCCAGGAGGUCAAGCUCCUCGACCCCGAGGACAAGGAAGAGGCCAUCAACGAGCGUUACGUCAAGAAGGCCGACCAGCUCAGUGCCCAGAUCCACGAGCAGCACGGCCUCUCGCGCGAGAUCCUGCAGGCCGCCAUGAUGAAGUACCAGCAGGAGCCCAUCUUCCUCCAGCGCAUGACGGAGCUGCAGCACAUCCAGAGCCAGCGCUUUGCGGCCGCCGGCUCCAUCUUCAACGGCGAAGUCAACAUGGGUCUCUCGGAGGAGUAAACUGCUUGUUAGAGAAGUUACACUAUAUAUAAUAGGUAUGUUAUACUGUGUCAUCGACACGAAGGUGACAGGC